UGGCUGGACGGCUGGCCCGCAGUGUUUUACGUGAUAUCUGUGGCACACAUUCCGUGGGCUAUACUCUGGGUAUUGUGUGUCGAAAACACACCACUUAUUAGUAAUACAAAUGGGAUUAUCAAGUGUUCAGACCGUGAGCUUAAAUAUAUUUAUUAUAAUAGGACAUCGUUCGGUGCGCCAAAAAGAUCUUCAUCGGCCCCCUGGAGACGGAUAUUUACAUCGCGUGCCGUUUGGGGCGUUGUUAUCGGGAAAGUGUGCGCGAGUUGGGGCUAUUAUCUGUAUCAGACCAAAAUGCCCUCAUACCUCGAUAAGGUCUUCGGCAUAUCACUGCUAAACAACGGUUUGUUUAACGCCAUGACAUCGUUGGCUACCGGCGUAACAAUGGCCUGUGGGGGACCCCUAUCGGCGCUAGUCAUCAAACGCUACGCCACUGGAGGCCGACUCUCGCGGACUCGGGUACGCAAAAUAUUUGAGUCGACAGCGCUGUUGGGUCCGGCCGUGUGUUUGGCCAUCAUUACGGGUGUGGGCUGUCAUUCCGGUGCAGUGGUUGGGCUACUGAUCACAGCGCUGUUUCUGUACGGCUUUGUGACCGGCGGUGAGUUUUCAAUAUACGGCGAGUUUACGCCCGACUACUCGGGCACUGUGUUUGGUAUUGCGGCCACACUCUCAGCCGUACCGGCGUUUGUGGGCCCGUAUGUGGUCGGUGUCAUUCUAGGCGAU